CUGUCGCUGUGCCCGCGGCGAGGCGCCUCGGACGGUCUGGCGCCGACGAGGAGCAAGCCGGCGGCUGCGAUCUGUCUCGCACCUGCAGCUCGGCUGCGGAUGCGCCGCAGAGGGCGAGAGAGGUGCGAGAUGCGAGCAAGAGCGAUGUCAUCAGCGCCGGCCCGGCGGCAGAGUGAGAGUGAGUGCAGCGCACGCACGCAACGAGGAUGCGCCCGCUCGUCGUCGACGGCGGCGAGGGGCGCGUGCGGGGAAGGAAGCUCGCUUGCAGCGGCACCAUUUCCACGCGACACGGCCUCGCCGCCGUGCGAGAUUGGCGUCGGACCUGCGCGCUGCCGACGCACACGGUGCACCCCGACUGCUGCGCGAUGGCGAAGUGGUGCGGCUUUGGCGCAGCCGCUGGUGCGGCGAGCAAGCACAAGCGCUGCCCGGCCGGCGGGAGGGAAGCGGCGCCGGCGGCUGCGGCGAUGCGGCCGCCUCGUGCCGCGGCUGCUGCCACGCUACGGACGCGUUAGCGCCAGAGGCGGAGUCGGCCUACAAGCAGCCCGCGCCGACCUCGGGACGGGCGCGUCGCCGGAGGACGGCUCAUGCGGCCCAGCCCACCUGCCUGCAGGGCAAGUCCCGCUGCUUGCACUUGCGCUUGCUUGUAGUCUCGUCUCACGGAGCCGAUCAACAGAUCGAGCUGCGGCCGCCCACGCGGGCUGCCGGUGGGGAAUCCUGGGCUGGGCGGCGCUCGCCGGUCCCGCCGCAGGUGCAGCGGCUCGCGCCUCUGCCGCGGCCGGCACGGCGGGCAGCAAGUCUCAUGCGUCUCUCGUCUGCGCCCGCCGCCCGCCAUCUGGCAGCCGCCUCCAUCGGCGACGCCAUGCCCGAGGCGGACUCGAGCGGCCACUGGGAUGGCAGUGCGGGACCCUCGGCGCACGUGUGACCUGCCGCGCUCCGUCGUCUGCGCCGAGGCCUCAGUGAGAGCGGACGCUCAAGGCACAGGGGCCGACGUGCGGCCCCUGGCCGACGCAGCGGCUCGGCGACCCUCUCGCAUCCGUUCGCUCGAGCUGGCCGCACGGGAGGGUUGGGACAGCUGCUCCCGCAGCGGACUCCGACCUGCUUCGGCGCGCAGCAUGGUCUGCUUCCAUGGCGCGCUUGCCGCUCCCCUCCUGCGCGACGGCGCUUGUCGCUCGCCAGCCUAAGCA